CAAAGUGUACAUAAAAACAAGUGUGGUGAAGCUUAAGCAAAGAGAAGCAGAGCGGAAGAAGCUUGGGAUCCGAGGCUCCAAGCCUCCAUUAGCUUUCGUUCAAGGCCAAAGAAAAACUGAGAGAGAGAGAGGAGGAAACGAUGGAUGAGACUAAGAGAAGCGGAGGAGGAGGGGCUGCCUUCUCCAAGUCCUCUUCCGACAAAAAAUCUCCGUCUUCAUCGCCUUCGUCUGCGAAGAAAGUUGUCAUCAAGAGUGCGGACAUGAAGGAAGACAUACAGAAAGAGGCGAUCGAUUGUGCUCUCUCUGCUUAUGAGAAACACAGUGUGGAGAAGGACAUUGCAGAAUACAUCAAGAAAGAGUUCGAUAAGAAGCACGGACCUACCUGGCAUUGUAUCGUCGGUCGCAAUUUCGGUUCAUAUGUCACUCAUGAGACUAACCACUUUGUCUACUUCUAUUUGGAUCAGAAAGCAAUAUUACUAUUCAAGUCUGGUUGAUGGUGGGUGUUAUGGUGUGGUAUUGAGAUAAAAUAUGGUGUUGAGUUUAAGAUUGGGAGAUUACAGCUACCAUCUGCUUGUAACUAUGUCAGUUGAACGGUUGGCAAGGAAGAUCUCUUGCAGGAUAAUGUUGUGCUCAAUCUGUAUAUUUUCACUCCAAAUGGUUUCUAGUGAAACAAUGCGUCCAUGGCAAAAGAAUGGGUGAAGGGAAACUCGAUCCUUAUGAUUUUAUCUUUAUUAAUUUGGGUUUAUCACCAUUUUUAGUCA